CGCGCGCUUGGUCUCUACCGAGCCAACAGAGCCCGGGUGUUUGGCCAAGUGCAGGCUGCCGGAGGGGCGCCGCUGAACCGAUCUGCUGAGCCUGUCGCUGUCGCCGCCACCACCGACCCGCGCUUCGUGACCCGCGACCUCGACCCCUUUUAGAUCGGCCCGCGCGCCCCAGGCCCGGCCCGGGCGGCGCGACGGGAGGAUGAGCGGCGGGCGGCGGAAGGAGGAGCCGUCUCAGCCGCAACUGGCCAACGGGGCCCUCAAAGUCUCUGUUUGGAGCAAGGUGCUGCGGAGCGACGCGGCCUGGGAAGACAAGGAUGAAUUUUUAGAUGUGAUCUACUGGUUCCGACAGAUCAUUGCUGUGGUCCUAGGUGUCAUUUGGGGAGUGUUACCGUUGCGAGGUUUCUUGGGAAUAGCAGGGUUCUGCCUGAUCAACGCGGGUGUCCUGUACGUCUACUUCAGCAACUACCUGCAAAUAGACGAGGAAGAAUAUGGCGGCACGUGGGAGCUCACGAAAGAAGGGUUUAUGACAUCGUUUGCCUUGUUCAUGGUCAUCUGGAUCAUCUUCUACACUGCCAUCCACUAUGACUGACGGUGCACGGCCCCAGCCGGCUCCCUGUCUGGUCCAGAGGACCCUCUUAGUCACAGCACAGAAGCAUGAUUGGUAGGGGCUCCCCAGCCACGUGGAGCCCGGAAGACCCAUGUUUCCUGGACCGAGAAUCCGUGUGUUGGGCAUCAGUGUCUUCUGCAAGGGUUGCGACCUGAAACUUUUUAAAGAACCAUCCACCUUUUGGAGAAGCACUUUUGAACUGUCCAUCGCCAACCGUUUCUUCUUGGAGACCAUCGUGAGAUACCUGUUUGCCAGUUGGAGCUGUCCUUUAAUUUGCUGCACCUCUGGAUCUGGAUGAAACAUUAAAUUGUCUUCCUUCUC